AUGGUUGUCUCUAUUCAGCAGAAGGAUCGGCUCAAGAAAGCGGCCUUCUUUUUUGCUGGACUGGGACAUCUUCAACCAAUGUUACUAGCAGCUACUAACUCUGACUACCUACUGGACAGGUUCCUUCUAGAGAGGCGUUGUUCCAGUGAGUAUGUCUCUAGGAUGGUUACAUCAUUCAUCUUCAUAGAGAUCAUAGCAACUGUUCUCAUAGCAGGAUUUGCGGUAUGCCUUGGACUCUAUCCAGACUUUUUUAGUAAGAUAUCCAGAGAGAAGGAAGAAGACUUUAGAGGUUAUCUCACUGUUGCUAUCCAAUGGAUCAUUUUCCUUGGCUACGUUCAAAUCUUCUUUGCGUUUACCAGAGGUGGAGAGAAAGGGCACAUUCAGUGGUUCUACUAUUCCAUACUAUUUCAACACUUUUUUACCUGUAUCAUAGGUGCAGGUAUUGGAUUUAUAGACGUGGACAGGGCACUUUGGUAUCUCAUGACCCUUCCUAUGUCACCCGUUCUCAUCUUCUUCUACCAGAUGCUCAUUCAUUUGUGGGCUCGUAAGAAAGGUCUGGCUUAUCCAGCGUAUCUUGUGGUCAAGAAUCAGAUAUGGUUGGGACUUGUCAACUCAUUUAUGGUGAUGACACUAUGGACAAUAGCCUACUUUCCUGGACUGUAUAACUCUCAGCCAAUUCCAGAUGUUGUAGAAAUCAAGAUAGAGUUUGAUAAAACAGAUUCAUACGACUGUACUACUAGUGGACCCAAUCGUGUUUGUAUGCUCGUUGGUAGCAGUAAAGGUCCACCUCAGGGAUACACAUGCUAUCGUCAUACACCGGAUAUUUCUGGACACUUUAAGGGGAGGAAAAUCAUUGUUAAGGAGAUAUGUAAAGGAUGUUCUAAAAAUGGGAUUAAAAAUGUCUCUUUUCCAGAGCAUGAGUUUUGUACAUGUGUAGAGGUCUACCGGUCCACUGCCAAGAGGGAGUGGGUCCUAGUUAAGCUUCUGAUGGAGGAUGGCUCGGUAUACUAUUAUUGUCCCAGGAGUAACAGUGGGUGGUGUGUUGGCAAGCUGUCGAGUGCUAAUAAGUUAGAGAACGGCAAGCUCCAAGAGAUACUCAAGGAAAUUAAUGAUGGUAAUGGUGGCGGUAAUAAAAUUAAAGACAGUGGAGAAUUCCAAAGUAAGCUACUCAAUCAAGCUUCUCAACAAGGUGCUACUGCUAAUAAUACAACUUCUUAUGCUGAUGAGAUAGUACUUAAUAUAAGCAACACUACCAAUUAUGUCUGUCAAUCUGAAGGAUCUAACAAGACAGACAUUAUUGUGACAGUUACCGAAGAUAAGACCCUUGUACCUUCAGCUCUGAGAGAACAAUAUACUUGUUACACCCAUCAACCUAGUGUAAGUUGUAAGCUAGAUGAGACUCUUAGAGACAAAAAAGGUCAACCUUACCCAUUGUAUACGACGGAUGACACAUUUAGGAAUACGAAAGUUGAUCAUAUGCAUGUUUACUGCAAGAUUGCUGAUGGAAGUAGGGUUGACCUCCUUGUGAUAGUCACAGACGAUGGUAGUAGACACUACUACUGUCAGAAUGAGUAUGGCCAAGUGACUGGCACUAAGCUUAAUGACGGAAGGUAUGUAUCCGAUGAGUGUCUUAAGAAUUUACUAAUCCUUAUCCAAGUUGGCGAUGGUAAACUAUAUGGUAAUGGUCUUAGAGGUCUUAAUAGUGGUAACCAAUACAGUGAGACAAUUCAGGAUGGUAACAAGCCUAAGGAGACAUCAUCCAGUUCCCCUCAUAGCCUUACUCUUGACAUAGGAAACAGAUAUCCUUAUAUAUGCACAAAUAAUGGAUACAAGGAUAACGUAAAGACCCUAAUAUCUGUUGAGGGAAAGAUGGAACCGCAAAUAUGUAGUAAAUACACUAAGUUUGUUCAUAGACUAGACUCAGGUUAUAAAUCUUGCAUAGAUUCUCUGAAACAUAUUAACGACUAUUUAGACCUCAAACCAUGCAUUAGUGAUUUAGUGGAUGAAGUAGCGGUAUACUAUGAGGGUGGUAACCCUAUUAAAGAUCCCCUCCUAAUUUGCAUUAAAAAGUCCAAGUAUGAUUCUUCUAAGUCGAAGAAUGAAGAUACCUACUCCUACUACUGCAAGGGGAAGGAUAAAUGCUGGUACCGGUAUGUUUAUAAAGAGGGAGAAAGCUGUAAAAAGGUAAAUACCGAACUGAAUACCCUGCUUAAUCUACUUAAAGACAAUCCACUUACCAACAAUAAUUACUCUAGCGUCAAUGGUGCUAAACUCCAAUCUGAUCAUGCUAAUUAUGACUACUGGAAAGUAUUAGGUAAUCACGAUGGUGGCUCAUGGUGGAACCCUCUAUACUGGCGUUUAUCUGGUACCUUCAUGCCACUCUUUAUGCAUGGUUUAGCAGUUGGUGCUAUGGGUUCAAUUUAUCCUCAUUUGGUUCCCAAGACUUUGGUAUCUGCUAAGCAUAGUGGUACAUUUAACAUCACCAGUAUGUUUUUGGCACCACUUCCUCACAUUUUUAAUCUCUUUCUUGCUGAGACCAAGAGCCCUGCAUUUGCCGGCGUUGAUUGGAUUGUGAAACCAUGGUACCUUGCCUGGCUUCUCUAUAUACCAUACUUUUUAUCGUUUCUAUUAAUCAUCUUUAACAUUCACUACCCACGUCGGAAUGCUUGUUGUUACAUUAGAAGUCACACUUGGUUGGCAUUUCUCAUUAUGCUUUUUGUUAGUUUUAUCAAUGAAAUUCUCCUGGCAGUAGGAAGGGGUGGUAUAAUGACCCAGAGAAGUGGAAAUAUACGUCUAGGAGGAAAUCGUGAAGGUUUAAAGAAUGAUCAUUCUCUCUUUAAUAAAAUAGCUCCUUUGAUGUCACUUUCUUAUAUACCAUUCUGGUUGACCACAUCUCCAAUGAUAAAGAGUUAUGCUCAUAGUGUUGACCAGUACUUGUCUGAUAAGGAUAGGAUUUUUUGGCCUACUUCAUGUUGUGGCUUUUGGAGUUCUUUUGGAUAUUGGUGUAAAUGUGGUUGUCAUGGCCUUUAUACCAGUCUUCCUAAACUGUUGACUUUUAAUAUGAGGACUGCGUUGACUCAUAAGGAUGACCGUUUGUUUGUUUUGGUUACUUCUGACUUACCCAAAGAGGAAUGGUUUACUGAUUGGUAA